AUGGAGCGCACACCAUCACCGCCGCGUCGCGUUCACACGCCACCCGCGCCAAUGUAUGGCGACACCUACGAGCCCUUUUCACCGCGUCGCUCCAGCAGGGUGGCCGCCCAACGCGAUAGUCACCUUCACCUUCACCGCGAGCAAACAAGCCCGCGCACUAGGCGCGACAUCACCCCAACUGCCUCCAGCAAACGGUCUGCCACCCGCGCCAACCCGUUUGUAUUCUCCCCACCGUCGUCGCCCGUUUCUCCACCAAAACAACAACAACAACUACGUUCGCCCCGUUCUACCCGUCGCGCACCGUUGGAGUUAAACCCGCUCGACUCAGAUUCAGAUCACGCUGCGCCUACCCCAGCGCGCCGCUUUCUUGCAGCAGCCAUGGCUCCCGGCAUGCUCCCAACUCCAGCCAAGACGCCUCGCAAGCGCCGUGUUGACGAUGUGAGCUCUACAGCGCGCAUUCUGUUUCCAACCAACCGUCCGUCAACAAUCGAAGAGGCCAUGCCGACUCCUCGCAAGUCCCGCAAGACCAAGAACCUCUACACCUUGGAGAGCUUCGCGGACCAGAUGAAUGAGAACACUGAAAAGAUUCCCAUCUACACCGACUCCAAGGAGCGCGUACCCACACCUGGCGCACAGACCGAAGAGAACCCAUUCCUGUCCAAGAAAGGCAAGGGCAAGGCGAAGGCAGCUCCAUCAAAGCCCAAGAAGGCUGACAAGAGGACGGCGAAGAUGGAUGAGGCAGUUAAUCGCGACGAGGGUAUGGUCUACAUCUUCCGUGGUCGCAAGGUCUUCAGGAAAUUCCAUGACGACCCACCGUCGGGCGCUUCAGACGCAGAGCAAGAUGAUGAUCUCUCCGCCGAUGACAGACAAGUCCGCCGCCAGAUUGGUCAUGAAGCACGUCGUCCACUCACUCGUUCAUCAAUCAAGCCACGCACGCUGUUUGUGCAGGAGAUCAAGGAGCGUAAUCUCGCACAUGGCAUCGUGAGCGAAGACGAAGAGGCUACUACCGACAUUGAAGCCCCUACCGUCGCUACCCCGAGCCGGAGAAAAGGCAAGGGUGUACAGGCUCCGUCUUUAGAGACCACGCCACCGCCCACUGUUCGCAAGUUCAAGAAGGGCAAGUCUUUCGACAGGCAUCUAGCUCAAACCAUCGGCUAA